AUCCCUAAAUUGGUUACCGUGACUCCCAACGAAUUCCAGAGAGAUCCGUCAUGGCUCGACAGAUGACUGCCUCCACCUCUUCUGCGACCACCGUGACUCUAGAAACCCCUGCUCCUCCUCCCUUACAACAACAGCAGCAACAGCCGCCACAAACAUUGGUUCUACGGCUGAACCGGAAGAAGAAGAAGGUCUCAUGGAAGGAGGGCACCGUCGACAACGAAUUCAUGCAGAAGAAAAGCUCCAAGAAGUGCUGUAUCUUCCACAAGCAGAAGCCCUUCGACGAAGACGACAGUGACGAUGAACACGAUCACGUUCACGAUCACGAUCACGACCACGACCACGACCACGACCACGACCACGACCACGACCACGACCACGACAACCAUCAAUCCGACGCCCAAUCUUCGUCCAACGACGGCUGACAUAGUGACAUCUUGAUUGUGAGUUUUUGAUAUCAAAUCAAAUCAUAUGUUGAUUUUGAUUUUUUUUUUUUUUGUAUCUUUAAAUUGAGAUUUCAAAUCAUAGCGUCUGUUGAUAUUUGAGUAUUAUUAACCCCUGCAAUUUAUAACUGUGAGGAUACAUAUAGCUUUUGAAUAGUGAUUGGCGAAAUCAUGCCCUCAGAUUUUGGGGAUCCAGUGCUGUUUUUUGUUCCAAUUAAGGUUAUCUCUUAUUUUCUGUGCUGGAGUUUUUGUCACAGUUCUUGUACAUCAACUGCCGAAAAAUCUAGAUUAAAGAAAUGAGUGACACAUUAAUGCUGCAAAUAAUUGAAUCUGGUCAAGAAACCCGCAAUAUUUAGUGCUUGUGUACUUUGAUGAUAUGAUCAAUUUUGGACCACCUGAAUUUGAAUUGCUGGUGUGCUCGUUGGUUGUACAUAGUAAGUUCAAGCUUGGCCCCUAUCAUUACGUGGCUGUGAUGUGAAUGUCUUAUUACUAUCUGGUUUGUGCCAUCACUUAAUGGCAGCAUGCUGUGAAUUCUAGAGUUGACAUACACUAUUAACGAAUUCUGUUAUGGGGAAAGAAGUAGUUAAGCUAGAAGAUCUAUGCAUAGACUGUGAAUGGAGCUAAAUACAUUUUUAGUAUUUGUUGUAUCAUUAUGCUCGUAUUCCUUUCCAAUCACUUAUAUAUUUCUGCCAAAACAAUUGGACUUGAAAGUGUUGUUGUAACAAGGGGAAGUUUUGUUGUGUAGGGUUUUGCGAUUUUCAUAGGAAUAGAUGGGUGAUAUAUAUUUCUGGAAUAAUCGAUUGAUCUUCUCACUCUUAAAAUGAUGUAGAUAAAAGGUAAAAGGUAUUUAUUUUUUCUUUAAUCAUGCAAUGCUGCUUCUGAUUGAUUCCAGGUGUGGUAUUCUUGUUACUUAGAAACUCACUUUGUAAAAUUGAUUCAUUGAAUGAUUGAUGGUUAUAUUUAUUUAUUUUUUAUACAGUGGAAAACAUGCAAUAUAGAUGGUAAAUACUGUUCUUGAUGGAAUAGAUCACCUUUCUUGUAGCUGACCUGUUAUAGUCUUCAACAAAAACAUUGGUUCUAGAUUUUAUGCAAUUAAGCAUUAUGAAAUGGUUUUAUUCUUUUGGUCAUUUGAGAUUUUGGUUUCUCUUACAUUUUGGUGGUAGCUUCUUGGUCUGUUAGUAGGCUGUUCAAACCUUUAAAUUUAUUGAAGGAUGGCUCACAUUUUAUUGUUUGUUACUAUUUUUUUUCCAUUAUUUUCCCCAAUCACUUUUCUGUUUGCCUAUCUUAUUUAUUUUUGUUUAUUUAUUUAUUUCCUCUCUCUGUGUUUGGGUCAGGAUUUGUGUUUCUGUUGUUUGACAUAGAUUUUGGUAGCGUACCUGAUGCUUUUGAUUGAGGAUGGUCACAGUAUAGUGAUAGGUUCUACUCUGAAUAAACUUUUUUAGUGUUCAUGCUUCCAGUACCUUAAGUUUAACCUUAUUCGAUGUACAAAAGCCCUGAGUUAGAGACUAAAAUUCGGAUUAAAAUGCAGUAGAAACAGAGUUUUGACUAAUGGAUUAGAAUAAGUUUAGCCUUAUUUGAUGUUGGCAUGCUUCUUUAUGGUUGUCGAUGUUAGAAUCUCUCGAAGAAGAGAUUUUGGUUUUUCUAGGAAGAGGAUUCUUUAUCCAUACUGCUGGCUGCCCGGCAGCCACCUUUGGUUUCCAUGUGGAACAGCUUAGCGUGUCGAACAUGCUCCAGAAUGUCUGCAAGUGAACCAAUAGCAGAAAGCAGAGGGACGGGCCAUCAGACACAGUAUGUUCAAAACUUGAAAGAUGAUCCAAGUUGAACUUCCUCUUUUGAUCUUUGCGUGCACCGUAUACUUGUUUAACUGGAGGAGAAUCGUUAACGGUCAGAAAGAUUUUGAUCCAAGAAGACAGUGUGCAGGAGAAGCUGACACAUUGUGAACUGGAAGACGCAAACUUAAAAUGCUUGGGACUAAUUUUUAUGGUGAAUGUCCGGGUAAUGAAUGAUGUUAGCCAUCUUGAAGUAAUUUUUUCCCAACUCGACUAUCCCUGGGUUUUCAUUUAGGUAUAUUGAAGUUUUUGGAUUUUCAUCAUUUGAAUUGCUGUCUAUACUAUUAAUGCUUCUUUGUC